AUGGCCUUUCACGAAGGCAUGUCGUGGCACUCGGGCGAAGUCCUCGCCCACAAACUCACUGGCGUCGACCACAUGGACAACCCGACCACGCCCUUCCUCACACCCCGCGCUGCCCACCUCGUGCAGCGCUACCCUCUGAUGGCGCUCGGCACGCUCGAUGACCAGGACCGGCCCUGGACAACAGUCUGGGGCGGCGAGGCCCCGUUCGCACAACAGGUCGCGCGCUCCGUGCUGGGCGUGCGCACCGUCGUGGACACCGUGCACGACCCCGUUGUGCAGACACUGUUCCGGGGCAAGAUGGAUGGCGAGGUGCUCAGGGAGGAGGGCGCGGGCAGGCUAGUGGCGGCCUUGAGUAUCCUUCUAGAGGAGCGGGCCAGAGUCAAGUUGAUGGGGCGAGUGGUGGGCGGUGCUUGCUCGAGGCACAACGUUGAGCAGGAAGACAAGGAUGAGGGUGUCAGUGCCGGCGAGGCGCAACUGGUGCUCAAGAUCGAGCAGUCGCUGGGGAACUGCCCCAAAUAUCUGAACCGCAAGAAAAUCACGCCCGCCAUCCCGCACGCGAAGCUGCUGGACAGCGGCCCGCGGCUGGGCGACGCUGCAAGAAAGUUGAUUGACAAGGCAGACCUGUUCUUCGUCGCCUCGGCCCACGAGCACGAGGAUAUGGACUGCAACCACCGCGGCGGACCGCCUGGCUUCGUGCGAGUCCACGACUCCGAAGAUGGCACCACGAGCGAGAUCGUCUGGCCCGAGUACAGCGGCAACAACCUGUACCAAACACUCGGCAAUCUCAUGGCCACGCCGCGGGCCGGUCUGUGUAUCCCCGACUUCGAGACCGGCGAUGUCCUGUACGUCACGGGUGAGACCGAAGUCCUCAUUGGGAAAGAUGCCGCGAACGUCAUGGCAAAGACCAAGUUGGCCGUCCGGCUGCGCGUCGCCGACUCCAAGCUCGUCACCCAGGGCCUGCCCUUCAGGGGCCACAACAUGGACGACGCCCAACAAGGUCGCUCCCCCUACAACCCGCGCGUCCGGCCCCUGACCACCGAAACCACCCCCGAAUUCACCAACACGGCCACCUCGGCCGCCCCCGCAACCGCCACCCUCAUCAAGAAAACCCGCCUCACCCCCACCAUCACGCGCUACCGCUUCUCCCUCUCCGACCCCAGCGUCCACGGCCCCUGGCUCCCCGGCCAGUACGUGGCGCUCGACUUUUCCGCCGAGCUCGACAUGGGCUAUACGCACAUGCGCGACGACGACCCCACCGCGCUGAACGACGACUACCUGCGCACCUUCACCGUCAGCUCCAUCCCCAACGCCCUCGGCGUGCACGGCGAGGAAUUCGAAAUCACCGUGCGCAAGGUCGGCAGCGUGACGGGCUGGCUGGCGUGGCAGCGCGAAGGCGGCGGCGGCGUCGAGCUGGGCGUGCGUGGCUUCGGCGGCGAGUUCCGCUUCGACAUGCGCGGCGCCAAACGCGUGGUGGGCUUCGUCGCGGCGGGAAUCGGUGUCACGCCGCUGCUGGGCCAGAUGGGCGAGCUGGACGUGGCGCGCGUGCACGUCGCGUGGAGCGUUGGCAUCAGGGACGUGGGGCUCGCGCUGGACAUACUGACGCAGUUCCCGUCGCUGCGAGAGCGCAUGCAGGUCUUCCUCUCGGGUGACGAAUCGGUGCUGGGCGACGAGGAGCGGACCCAGUUGGACGAGCUGACGCGCCUGGAGGGUGUGAAGGUACAGCGGCGGCGGCUGCGCAAGGAGGACCUGACGGCCAUUGAUACUGGUGCGGGAGUCGAUGACUGGUAUUUGUGCACGGCGCCGGCCAUGAGGCAGGAGAUCCAGUCGUGGCUGCCGGAGAGGAGUUUCGUGUUUGAGAAUUUCGAUUACUAG